UAAAAAAUCCUAAAUAAAAAAAAGACUCUUUGUCCAAAACAUUCAGUAAGAAUAACUAACAAAAAAAUGCGUAACAAGAAUUGUCGUAACAAUGAUGAGAAUUAAAAAUGUUUUAUUAAUGAAAAUUACAGCAGUGAAAACGUAUUUUUUUGUGAAUUAACUUUGUGUCUCUGUGUGUGUGCGUGUUAUAUAUUAUUAUUAUGUGUGUGCGACUAGUAAAUUGAACUGUUAUCGCCUGCGUACCCUGGGACCAACUUCCUUCAGAGAUAAUCCUACAAAAUCCUAUUCUAUUCCUUAGUGUAUAAGUGUGUUAUUCGAAACUUUUUCCUACCAACAUGCUGUUGCACAGCGUAUGACAUUAGACGUUCGUGGUUGGGGAUCGAGACUGGGUAGAAAGAUAUAUAGGUCAGGAUGAACGCGAACGGAGAUUCUCAGGGCCUCGUGCCAGCUGCCCCCGCCACCACACCCACCGCCCCCCCCAUCACCACACCGCCUGCUCAUGUCGACGGCUCCUUACUUCCGAUCCCACCAGUCGCCCCUAGGAAACCAGUCCGCAGGGGAGCCAAGGCACAACCAGAGAGGCCGAAGAGAGCACUCUUCUGCUUGACGAUGAAAAAUCCUCUCCGAAAAGUCUGCGUUGACAUCGUUGAAUGGAAACCCUUCGAGUGGAUGAUCCUAACGACAAUAUUCGCGAACUGUAUCGCCUUGGCUGUCUACACGCCGUAUCCUGCCAGCGACUCCAAUUACACCAACUGGGUUCUGGAGAAAAUUGAAUACGUAUUCCUUGUGAUCUUCACCGGGGAGUGUGUGAUGAAGAUCAUCGCUUAUGGCUUCGUGAUGCAUCCAGGGUCGUACCUUAGAAACGGCUGGAAUUUGCUCGACUUCACUAUAGUCGUUAUCGGCAUGGUGAGCACAGUCCUGUCAAGUAUCUUCAAGGACUCUUUCGAUGUGAAAGCUCUACGAGCGUUCAGAGUCCUUCGCCCACUCAGACUGGUCUCUGGAGUACCGAGUCUGCAGAUCGUGCUGAAUUCUAUCUUAAAAGCGAUGGUCCCUCUCCUCCACAUAGCUUUACUUGUGAUAUUCGUCAUCAUCAUCUACGCCAUCAUCGGUCUCGAGCUGUUCUCCGGGAAGAUGCACAAGAGCUGCUUCAAUAAAUACACAGAUGAGAUAAUGGACAGUCCCCAUCCGUGUGACAACGACAAUGGCUUCAACUGCUCCUCCCUCGGCCCAGAGAUGGAGUGUCGCGAGGGCUGGCCCGGCCCUAAUUUCGGCAUCACCAACUUUGACAAUUUCGGUCUCUCCAUGUUAACCGUCUUCCAAUGCAUCACGCUCGAAGGGUGGACCGAUGUCAUGUAUAAUAUCCAAGACGCCAUGGGCAACAGCUGGGAAUGGAUUUACUUCGUUUCGAUGGUGAUUCUGGGAGCUUUCUUCGUGAUGAACCUGAUUCUCGGUGUGUUGUCCGGUGAGUUCUCCAAAGAAAGAGAGAAGGCGAAGAACCGAGGUGACUUCCAGAAGUUAAGAGAAAAGCAGCAGUUAGAAGAAGAUUUGAAAGGUUACCUAGAUUGGAUCACUCAAGCGGAAUACUUGGAGCCCGUGGACCAACAUGACAACAGCAAUCAGAAAGGAGAUUUCGGAGGACCGACACAGAACGAGCACGAUUCCACGGAUCAUCUCGGCGUAGAAACAGUUGAACCACAAAAAGUGUCGAUCUCAUGGAAAAAGGAUUUUGAUAAGGUGAACCGCCGCAUGAAAAGGGCCUGUAGGAAAGCAGUCAAAUCGCAAACAUUCUACUGGCUGAUCAUAGUUUUAGUUUUCCUGAACACGGUAGUGCUCGCCAGUGAACAUUAUCGGCAACCAGAGUGGCUGGACCAUUUCCAAGAAUACGGAAACGCGUUCUUCGUGGCUCUAUUCACUUUAGAAAUGUUAGUCAAAAUGUACAGCCUGGGAUUGCAAGGCUACUUCGUUUCCCUAUUCAACCGUUUCGACUGCUUCGUCGUGAUCGGCUCCAUCAGCGAGAUGGUGCUGACGAAGAGCGAGGUGAUGCCUCCACUGGGCAUCUCCGUGCUGCGAUGCGUCAGGCUGCUUCGAGUCUUCAAGGUUACGAAAUAUUGGCGUUCACUGUCUAACCUUGUAGCAUCACUCCUCAACUCGAUCCAGUCCAUCGCAUCUCUACUUCUGCUACUGUUCCUGUUCAUCAUGAUCUUUGCACUCCUCGGGAUGCAAGUUUUUGGGGGGAAAUUCAACUACGACCCUGUGGAAGAAAAGGAUAGGCACAAUUUCGAUUGCUUCUGGCAGGCAUUAUUGACUGUUUUUCAGAUCCUGACUGGUGAAGACUGGAACGCUGUUAUGUAUGAAGGUAUCAAGGCAUAUGGAGGCGCAGGCACGGUCGGAAUAGUGGCUUGUAUAUAUUUCAUCAUAUUGUUCAUUUGCGGCAACUAUAUUCUUCUCAAUGUGUUCUUGGCCAUUGCUGUUGACAACUUGGCGGAUGCUGAGUCGCUCACUAAUAUCGACAAGGAAGAGGGGGCUUGUGAAGAAAAGGAAGAGAGUAUGGUAGCUAUAGAAGGAGUCCAAGGUGAUACUGAUGAUGAAUACAUACAUGAUGAUGAAGCGUAUACCACUGAUAAUUCUGAAAGGGAAUAUGAAGAAACAGGGUCAGAAGGUGACCCGCAAGAUGAGAUCGAAGAAGAAGAAGAAGAAGAAUUAGAUGAGAACGAGUUAGAAGAUAGAGUCGAAGAGGAACAAGAAAGAGAUGAAGAUAUGGAAAUGAUGGAGGGACACCAGCGGAAUCAUAUAGUGAACACAGAGUUUGCGGAGGAGCAUCGUUUGAAACGCAAACCCACUACAUCAUCAGCUCGACCUCGCCGCCUCUCCGAGGUUGAUAUACACGACUCAAAGAAACCGAUACCCGAAGCGUCUUCCUUCUUCAUAUUUAGCAAAACAAACAGGUUUCGAGUUCUGUGCUACAAAUUGUCGUCUUCUUCGACGUUUGGAAAUAUAAUAUUGGUCUGUAUUAUGCUUUCGUCGGCCAUGUUGGCUGCUGAAGAUCCGUUGGAUGCAGUUCAGAGUGGAUUCAGAAAUUGGUUACUCAGCCAAUUCGACGUGUUCUUCACUGGUAUAUUCACGCUGGAGCUGUUUCUGAAGCUGGUGACGUACGGGCUGAUCCUCCACCAGGGUGCCUUUCUGCGAUCCGCCUUCAACGUUCUCGACAUGCUGGUCGUUUGCGUAUCGCUUGUGUCUAUGAAUCUUAAGUCUGGUAGUAUAUCCGUGGUGAAAAUAUUACGAGUGUUCAGGGUGCUCAGACCGCUCAGGGCUAUCAACAGGGCGAAGGGUCUUAAGCACGUUGUACAAUGCGUGAUCGUUGCAAUCAAAACAAUCGGAAACAUAUUAUUGGUUACAUCGUUACUACAGUUCAUGUUUGCCGUGAUGGGAGUCCAAAUGUUCAAGGGUAAAUUUUUUAGAUGUAAUGAUAUUUCUAAGAUGACAAAAGAAGAAUGUCAGGGAACCUAUUUAGUAUUUGAGAAUCGUAAUUACGUUGUAAGAGACAGGGAAUGGAAACGCAACGACUUUCAUUUCGACAAUGUGAUGAAGGGAAUGCUUACUUUGUUCACUGUGUCAACGUUUGAAGGCUGGCCAGGGUUGCUGUAUGUUUCAAUAGAUUCAAAUGCGGAGGAUCGCGGUCCCAUAACUAACUUCCGUCCAAUUGUUGCAGCCUACUACAUUAUUUAUAUUAUUAUAAUUGCCUUCUUUAUGGUAAAUAUAUUCGUGGGUUUCGUCAUAGUGACAUUCCAAAACGAGGGUGAACAGGAAUACAAGAAUUGUGAACUAGACAAGAAUCAGAGAAACUGUAUUGAGUUUGCGUUGAAAGCAAAGCCGAUCAGAAGGUACAUUCCCAAACACCGCAUUCAAUACAAAGUGUGGUGGUUCGUCACUUCACAGCCGUUUGAAUAUGCGAUCUUCGUCCUCAUCAUGAUCAACACCAUCACGUUGGCCAUGAAGUACCACAACCAGUCCAUCGAAUAUAGCAAGGCUUUGGACAUGCUCAAUAUGUUGUUCACGGCCGUUUUUGCCUUGGAGUUCAUAUUCAAACUAGCUGCGUUUAGAUUUAAGAACUACUUCGGGGACGCUUGGAACACCUUUGACUUCAUUAUAGUACUCGGAAGCAUCAUUGACAUUGUGGUUUCGCAAGUAAACGAAUUGAAGAAUCAGGGAAGUGGCAUGCCCAGAAUACAUGUUGUAAAGGAGAGCUCAAUACCGUCGAUAAACUUCUUCCGUUUGUUUCGUGUGAUGAGACUCGUGAAGCUGCUGUCCAGGGGCGAAGGCAUCAGAACGUUGUUGUGGACCUUCAUAAAGUCGUUCCAAGCCCUCCCGUACGUCGCUCUGCUGAUACUGAUGCUGUUCUUCAUUUAUGCUGUUGUGGGCAUGCAGGUAUUCGGAAAGAUAGCAAUAGACGACAAUACUCCGAUCACAAGGAACAAUCACUUCCAGACAUUCCCGCAGGCUAUAUUAGUGUUAUUCAGAUCUGCCACAGGUGAAGCAUGGCAGGACAUCAUGAUGGGAGUGUCGCCAGACUCUGAGGUCAAGUGCGAUAAGAAUUACCACGAGGAAGUGGGAGAGGACAGCGAAGGCACCUGUGGAAGUGUUUUAGCAUUCCCAUAUUUUAUAUCGUUUUAUGUGUUAUGUUCUUUUCUGAUUAUCAAUUUAUUCGUUGCGGUCAUUAUGGAUAACUUUGACUAUCUAACUAGAGAUUGGUCAAUAUUGGGACCACACCACUUAGAUGAAUUUAUAAGACUUUGGAGCGAAUAUGACCCUGACGCAAAGGGUAGAAUAAAACAUUUAGAUGUAGUUACUUUACUAAGAAAAAUAAGUCCGCCUUUGGGAUUCGGCAAGCUCUGUCCUCACCGCGUUGCCUGCAAACGACUAGUUUCCAUGAACAUGCCUCUCAAUUCGGAUGGCACUGUUCUCUUCAACGCUACACUGUUCGCCGUCGUCAGAACUUCAUUGAAGAUCAAAACGGAUGGUAACAUUGACGACUGCAACACAGAAUUGAGAGCAGUGAUAAAGAAAAUCUGGAAACGCACAUCACCAAAACUCCUGGACCAAGUAGUUCCUCCACCAGGCGACCCCAACGAGAUCACAGUCGGAAAGUUCUACGCCACCUUCCUAAUCCAAGACUACUUCAGGAGGUUCAAAAAGCGGAAAGAACAAGAAUUAAGGCAAAAUGAUGAGCAAACGCAUCAGAUGACGCUGCAAGCCGGAUUGAGGACUUUGCAUGAAGCCGGGCCGGAACUAAAGAGGGCUAUCUCUGGUAAUCUGGAUGAUAUAACGGCCGAGUUAGAUGUACCUAUGCAUAGGAGAAAUCACUCGCUAUUUGGAGGUGUUUGGUCAAGUAUACGACGGCACGGUCCUAACAGACAUCUUCAUAGACACAGAAAAGAGCCGCCGCCAGAGGCUGUUGGCAAUCAUUUAAGCUCCUUAAUGCAGAAAGAAUAUGGGGUUGGACCGUUGCCGCUGACACCCAAUUUGGCAAACGGACAACCAAAAGAACAGAUACCAAUGAGGCCUCUUAUACUAAACGGUGAAUCAGAAAAAAUAUAUCAAGUCUUAGAAAAAGCCACAAACGAACUAAAGAACGCUAUUCAUCAAGGAACCGAUAGCGCUGGUAGAGGCGUUGUAUCGCUGCCAGGAAGUCCCCGCGGAAACAGCUCCUCACUACCAGUAGUAGGCUCCGCAGAAAGCCUAGUCACUAGAGUGUUGACUGAACAAGGACUAGGAGAAUACUGCGAUCCAGAGUUCGUCAGGAACACUUCUAGAGAGAUGCAGGAAGCACUCGAGAUGACAGAAGAGCAGAUGGACAGAGCGGCUCAUCAGCUGAUGAUUCACGAAAAGAAUUUGAAGCAAGCUCAAUGUCAACCAACUCAAGUUGCUGAUGCUUGGGUUAUAGGGCGACAUCGUAGCCCGCAAGUUCCACCCUUUUCACCAGCCAACAUCGAUGCCUCCCCCGGCCUGCGAGCGGUUAUAGCACCGACCUCCAAAGCCACGCGGCCGUCCCGCCACCGACGGAAGCGGAAACGAAAACCUGUGUUGGUUUAAUGGCCGCCGUUGCAGAAACAUAUGGAUCGCAAUGCUCCUUUGAAAUUCAGAUAUAUGAACGUCAACGCGCUGUCGAUUUAUGAUUAUCGUAAUGAGUUUCGUUACGAUGAAAAUAUUGUAUAAAACAGCGUUUUAGAAUGGCGUUCAAUCUUUUCAACUCUGAAUAUAUAGCCGAAUUCUUUAGUGGCUUAAGUAAAGAGUGGACUAAUAUUAUGUGCGUAACGUGCAGAUCGGGGUGUUGAAUUCUUUAUUACAUAUUAUGUUGUUUAAUGGCCACGGUUACGCAAUUUGAGAAAUCGCAUAUGAGAGUCCGUUUCUGUGCAAGUACAUUGCAAUGCAUAAUUCUGAUUGCAUUUUAAAUCCCAGGACGUAUUAAUAGAUAUACGAAUUAUAUCUAAAAGUGUCAGCAUAUAAAACUUACGCCACUAUUGAAUUUAUAUAAAAAAAUGUCUCGCAAUUUUGACAUGGACAUGUUUUAUGCUCAAAGGUUUUUAAUUUUAAAUUCGACCAUUCACAAACUUUAUCUUAUUAUUGUAAUAUAAGAAACACAGUGAGAUACGUAGUUAAAAUUUAGUGUAGAAAGUAGAUUUUGUAACGAUAGAAAAAACUAAAAGGGCCAUUUUAAAAUGUUUGAUAGUUCUAAAUUAAUUAAAUGCUCGCGAGAUGCAAAUGUUCUUAAUUAUGUUUUGGAGAGAGCAAAGAGUAUGAUGUAUAACAAUAUUUAGGGGGACUAAGAAAGGUUAACUUUAAUUAAAAAAAAAAGGGAACGUCUUAGCAGAUGACAUUUUCAAAAUUGUCAACUUCCAAAAUCUUUCAUAUAACGUUACGAGAUUUGCUCUCUGUUUAAAAAAUCUUAAGAACAGCACUUUAAUCUUUCAGUAUUAAAACUAAAUUUUUACAUUAUAGAAUAUACCUAUACGAUUAGAAAUUUGCCUAAAUUUUCAAUUUCUUUCAGAUUUAUAACCAAAUUAUUUUAUUGUGAAUCUGAAAUUCAUAACAAAUCCGUGACAAUACUACUACUUAUACAAUUAGCCCUAAGUAUAUGGGUGUUCCAAUUUUCCGUAGUUGUGACAUGAGGUUUGACUAAUGCAAACCUGAAAAUUGUAAAAUAUACCUAUAAGCCAAAAUAUAACGCAAUGAAAGAACUUUACAAUUCAUUUAAUUUUAAAUAUAAGAUUUUAAAGACAAUUAGUGAGAAAUAUUUUGUUUUGUGAGUGUGUCCUAUAAAAGGAAGACCGUCAUGCUUGAUAAUCUACUUGGAAUUUUUAUAGAGGUAAGGUAUUCGGAAAUUUUGCCAGCGUGAUUCCUUAUUUGGUCAGUCGAGUUCCAAGCUGGAGCUUGAUUGAAUUCCCUUCUGUGACGAUCUAUGUCGAUUUAAAUAUUAAGCAAUAUAUUAUUUAUUGAUUUUAAACUAAAAAACCCACAUCUUUUUAAUAAUAUUCGUUAAAGCAAAGCUACCAAACUUCAAUACGUUGAUUUUAGUGAUCGCCAGUCAGUGAGGUUCUGUUACCGUGUUAUAGUAUAUUCAUCAGAAAUACCUAGGAAAAAUUACAAAGGUAUCUCUACCAAAUAUAUCCUAUCGUUUAAAAUUCACUAAUAGUGUUAAUCUACUUCUUUAGUUCUUGAUUAGUGACUCUUUUACUGUGGAAGCUCGAUUCAUGACCGAAAGCACUUUUUGACGUGACAACGUCUUAUAAUUCGAUGGAGCCGGCUGCACGCACGAAAAAAAAUCAUCAUGGGGCGUUACCUCUCUCUGAGGCGUUUAAUUUAAGGCUUGAAGUGCAAGCGAGAGCGCGCAACGAGCGACAAAGAGGCACAAUCGGCCUCCG